ACAAUCGUAUAAGAUCAAAUGAUGGUUGUUUAAAAUAGUGGAUUCUGAACGUAAAAUAGCUGAAAUCAAUUCGAAUACGAGCUACACAGCACCUUGAAAGCAAUUCUUCGAUUUACGCAACACCUACCGGUCGUCGGCGCCUCACCAUACACAAUGUUCCUGCGUCGCACUGCUUCCGCCCUAAUGCGGUCACCGACAACCGCUGUCACCUCCUCUCCAUCCCUCUCGACGGCCACAAACCCCCAGCUUACGGAUCUGGACGAUUUCCGUACCGGUGAAAGCGAUCCUGCCCGGCACAAUAAAAGCCACCUCUCGCGUUUCUACACCAUCCCGGCGGAAGUGCGGAAGCAAGUGUUCUCCCACGGUGGAUUUCCGAAAACGUUCGGGAAACAGAUCAAAACAUUUAACGAGGGUUGCUUGAUGGUCCGUGAACCAGCAGUGGAAAUUAUCGAUUAUCUAAACCGGGCCGAUUACAGCAAACCGGCCAAUCGAUUCGUCUUGUACGGAAAAGACGGCGUAGGGAAAUCGCUUGUGUUGGCUCAUUUGCUGCACUACGGGUUCAGCCGGGAGUUUGUCCUGGUUCACGUACCGUGGGUACCUAAUUGGAUGAAACGGGUUAAGGAAACUGCCAAUUCGAGUACCCACGAAGGUUGCUUGGAUCUGCCACUGGACGGAGCCGCUUGGUUGAUUCACUUCAAGAACCAGAAUGCUAAAUUGCUCAGCAAGUUGGAUCUGAAAGUGAGCCGGGAUUACGUGUGGACCAAGCGAGAAACGACCCCGGCAGGGGCCCCAAUGCUGGAACUGAUCGAUCACGGAAUCAAUCGGGCUAAGUUUUCGUGCGACGCGAUUGCCGCACUUUUGCGGGAAUUGAAAGAACAAUCGACGCAAGGGAAGGCUAAGACGAUGGUGGUGAUUGAUGGAUUUAAUGCGUUUUUCCACCCGCAGACCAGGGUUACGACGGAGAACAAGGUGAAAGUUACGCCGGAUAAGGUGACGCUGACGAAGCCGUUCCUGGACAUUACGAGCCACGAUUGGUGCAAUGGAGUUUGCAUUUUAGCGGUAGAUCGAAUGGCGUUGACCGAGGAGCGGAUGGAAUCGGAGCUGCCGAUGUAUCUGUUGCGGCGGGAAGGGUUCGAGCAUUUGGAUCCGUUCGUUCCGGUUCGGGUGGACAACUAUUCACCCGAAGAGUACCACAGCUGUGUGCAGUACUAUCUGAACCGGAAGUGGAUCCAAACGACCGAGCAGGGUUUCGACAAGGAGUUGGAGUUUCUGAGCGGAAAGAAUCCGUUCAAAUUUAUGGAACUCUGUGCUAGUUUGUAGGUUCGAAAGGUUUGGUGAAUACAUUGUAGGAAAC